GUGAUUGAGUGUACAUUGACUACUGGGGUGCGAGCAUCCUCGAGUUGCAGUCGUCCGUCCGUACCUCAACGAUGGCUGCUACGGAUGGUGCUACGUCACGAUGAGGAGGAAGAACGUAAUAAGUACGCAUCCUUUGCUCAUGGCUUCGAGGAUACAGAAAGCCGAGAUGUCGACUGGACCAGCACAUAAGUAUCGUUAUAAAAAUGUUGGAUUGGAUUCGCAAGAGCUUAGAAGACGCAGAGAAGAGGAGGGUGUUCAAUUGAGGAAACAAAAGAGAGAGCAGCAAUUGUCAAAAAGGCGCAAUGUUCCUAAUAUUGUCUCGGAUGACGAUACAUUGUCGAUCAACGAAGACUACACAGUACCACCACCGGCAAUACAAUCUCUGACAAUAACAUCAGAAAUGUUAGAGGCAUUAUUCAGCACGGAUGUUAAGGUACAGUUUUCAGCGACUCAAAAAUUUAGGAAACUUUUGUCCAGAGAACCAAAUCCACCGAUCGAUGAAGUAAUUGGGACUGGAAUCGUACCUAGAUUUGUCGAAUUUCUAAAAAACGAUGAGAAUUAUACGCUGCAGUUCGAAGCUGCUUGGGCAUUAACAAAUAUCGCCAGUGGAACAUCUCAUCAAACCCACAAAGUAAUCGACGCUGGAGCGGUGCCUAUGUUCAUAGCACUUUUAAGUUCGAAACACGAAGAUGUACAAGAACAAGCGGUAUGGGCUUUAGGUAAUAUAGCAGGAGAUAGCCCGGAGUGCAGGGAUUAUGUAUUGAGCAGUGGUAUCUUACCUCCUCUCCUUGCACUUCUCACGAAGCAAAAUCGUUUGUCCAUGACGCGAAAUGCAGUCUGGGCAUUGUCAAAUUUAUGUAGAGGAAAGACUCCACCGCCUGAGUUUCAAAAGGUUUCACCGUGUUUGUCCAUUCUUGCGUACUUGUUAAAUCACCAAGAUGCCGAUGUCUUAGCCGAUGCAUGCUGGGCUCUCUCUUACUUGAGUGACGGGCCAAACGAAAAGAUUCAAGUGGUUAUCGAUGCUGGAGUAUGCCGCCGUCUAAUCGAAUUAUUAAUGCACGAGCAACAUAAUGUCAUAAGUGCGGCACUACGAGCUGUGGGCAACAUAGUUACUGGCGAUGAUUUACAAACUCAAGUCGUAUUAAACUGCUCGGUAUUGCCUUGUUUAUUAAAUCUACUUGGACAGUCGCGUGAGAGUAUUCGUAAAGAAGCUUGUUGGACAAUUUCAAAUAUUACCGCUGGAAAUCCACAACAAAUUCAGGCUAUUAUAGAUGCUAAGAUUUUCCCAGUUUUGAUAGACAUUUUGAGUAAAGCCGAAUUUAAAACACGUAAAGAGGCUGCGUGGGCCAUUACUAAUGCUGCUAAUGGAGGAACACCGGAUCAAAUUCGAUACUUGGCGGAACAAAAUUGCAUCCCCCCACUGUGCGAAUUGUUGACAGUGAUGGAUGCCAAAAUAAUACAAGUGGCAUUGAACGGUUUGGACAAUAUUUUACGUCUUGGUGAACGAGAUUUAGAUCGUAAUAACGGCAUCAAUCCGUACUGUGUUCUCAUAGAGCAAUGUUUUGGCCUAGAUAAAAUUGAGUUUUUACAAUCUCAUCAAAAUUUAGAAAUCUAUCAAAAGGCAUUUGAUAUUAUCGAACGUUACUUUAGUUCGGAAGAGGAUACAAGAAUCGCUCCAGCCGUUAACGCCCAAGAGCAAGAAUUUCAAUUUCAAACACCCGGCUCAUCACAAUUACCGGUUCAUAGCUUCCAAUUUUAAUUGAACGAUCCAACUCCAUAUUUGAAGUGCGUCGAGGCAUGCGUUACUUUUAUUCAUCGAAUGAGUUAUUGUCCAUUUUAAAGAAACGUGAUUUCUAUCGUUGAAUGAACGGUGUAAAACAAAACAAAAA